AUGACAAAAUUAAAAGUUGGUGACCAAGCUCCAGAUUUCACAUGUCCAGAUAAAGAUGGAAAAUUAGUUUCUUUAAAAGAUUUCAUUAAAGAUCAAAAACCAAUUGUAUUAUAUUUUUACCCAAAGGAUGAAACUUCUAUUUGCACUAAAGAGGCUUGUGAAUUCAGAGAUAAAUAUCAAAAGUUUAUUGAAGCAGGUGCAGAUGUUAUUGGUGUCAGUAGAGAUGAUGCAGAAAGUCAUUCAAAAUUCACAUCAAAAUAUUCAUUGCCAUUCACAUUAUUAACUGAUAAAGGUGGUGAAUUAGCUAAAUUAUAUGGUGCUGAAGGUAACUUUUUAUCACCUGGUAGAGUCACUUUUAUUAUUGACAAAAAUGGAAAAGUAGCUCUAAAUCAUUCAGCUUUAUUAAGUGCAACAUCACACAUUGAAGAAUCUUUAAAAGUUAUUGAACAAUUAAAAUAA